AGUCACAUACACAUACAGGAGAUUGAUGAGCCGAGGUACGUAGUUGAUUCAGUGAGCGAAGAGGAAGAGACUCCAGUCCAUCCCCACCCCUUUGGCCAUGGGCUUCAUCGGCUUCUUCUCCGCCAUCGAGCCGCUUCUGUGGAUCCUCACGCCCCCCUUCCUCCUGGCCUUCCCCGGGCCCGGGGGCCGCCGUGACGACCCACUGCUGCGCCAGCACCACGCGGUCCGGUGGCGGCUGCUGGUCCGCACCUGCCUAGCGGCGGGGCUCCUCCUCUGUGUCGUCAAGGCAGGGCUCGCCGCCAACGGAGGAUCGACAACGGUCAUGCUCGGCGGGCUGCUGCUCCUCGCCGUCGGCCUAAUAGGCAUGUACAACUUCCUCGCCAGCGACGUCAUCAACGCCUACAUGCUGCUCGCCCAGGGAUUGAGCGACACAGUCACCAAGCCGUUCCUCCUGUGGCUCAUCCCGACCUACCUCAUCCCGGGGCUGGCAGGCGACCGCGUGUCGCGCUGCUGGCUGUUCAUCCGCACCAUGCCGGCGGCGGGGCUACUCGUCUGCCUCGUCCAUGCAGGCUGGAAGAGGGUGCAGCUUCGCGAGCUGCUUCUGCUCGCCCUAGGACUCAUGGCCACCAACUACUUCCUCGCCCUCGACGCCUUCGCCGACGGUUCCGUCUCCUCCUUUUGGUGCGCUCUCUACUCCGCGGCCAUACACAUCCCCUUGGCAUGGGGAGCCAUCUUCGAGUUCAAGGUGUAGAUCGAUAGACUUGCUGACCGGCGGAGAGUGACGCACGCGGGUCUCCGAAUAAAAGUUGGUGUCCGGCCGUCCUUGGAUCUGCUGGACAGAUGGAGAUCAACAUGAGUGCAUGAGUUAUUGCAGGUGUGCAAGCUAAUUAAGUUAUGAAUUAAUCCCU